AUGCUCACCGCUCAACACAGAUCCCAUUUUGACAGCAUUAGAAAGAAGAGGAAGGAGGGGAAAGGUAUGGUCGAGCUAUUGACCUUCGUCGAUAUCGGAGGCCAACGUUUUGAGAAGGAGUGGGAGAAAGCCAUCGUCAACAACAAGUUCACAAUCGAGCACGCCAAGAUAUUGAAGGGCUACUUUGAGUCCUGGGAGCGGAUGAGCGACAUGAUCAGCAUUGCCUUGGAUGAUGCCCGCACCUAUUACAAGAAGAACGGGGCCGACUUCGACGUCGAUUUCCUGGUGAGAUAUGUCGAAACAAUAUUCUUGAGGCUGAAGAACCUGUCCAAAGUCAUGAACGAGGAGAUUGACAAGUUCCGGGAGAAGAAAUUGCUCUGA